UGAAUCGAUGAGUCGUCAUCUAACAGCUGUAAAUCGAUAAAUCUCAAUCUAAUGACGCACACACAACAAUCAAAUUGAACAUAAAAAAGGUUAGAAAAGUAACUUUCUAACAAGAAAAAGCCAAAAUCCUAAUUGAAGAAUGUCGAAUCAAGUUGAGCGCCCAAGUCCCAACAUAGUUUAUAUAUACUAAAACAACUACAUUUCUGAAUGCGUGGUUAGUAUGCUUCAUUCUUUGACAUACGAAUGUGCUUUAAUGACGAUAUAACUUUUCUUUGAUAGCGAUUGUAUAUGUAUAUUUUCUUUCCAAUUCAGUUAGCAUGCACGUGCCGACAUUCUUAUAACUAACUGUUGUAGUACUUGUCAAAUAACUAUGAAUCGAUGCGCCGCCAUCGAACAACGGUAAAUCGACAAAUCUCAAUCUAAUAACGUAAGCACCGCAAUUAAACCGCACAUUUCACAAGGAAAAAAGGCUAGGAUAGUAAUUUCCAGCAAGAAAAAAGGCAAAUUAAUAAUUGAAAAAGACAAAAACACUACAGAUUUUUAAGUAACUGAAGAAGAAAAAAAAGAGAAACCUGUAUUUAUUGUCUUGCCAUGUUCAAUUAAAAGCGGCAGGAGUAUAUAUAAGACAAAAGAGGCAACACAAAUUUUCGAAAGGUAAAAAAAAGAAGACACAGCAGCAAAAGUGCGCAAAAAAACCACCUGAACGGAAAAAUGGCUGACUCAGACUGCUGCCCGGAGUGCAACCGCCCGACGGAGCUCGUCUUCGACCACUCCGCCGGCGACACCGUCUGCACCGAAUGCGGCCUCGUCCUGGAGGCUCACUCCAUCGACGAGAGGUCCGAGUGGCGGACUUUCUCCGACGACUCCUCCGACAACGACCCCGUCCGCGUGGGCGGUCCGGCCAACCCUCUGCUCGCCGACGGCGGACUCUCCACCGUGAUUUCCAAGCCCAACGGCACCUCCGGCGAGUUCCUGAAUGGUUCCUUGGAACGGUGGCAGGGCCGUGGGUCCAAUCCUGAUCGGGCCCUGAUUCAGGCCUUCAAGACCAUUGCCGUAAUGGCUGAUAGGCUGGGACUGGUUGCGACUAUAAAGGACAGAGCCAAUGAGAUUUACAAGAAGGUGGAAGAUCAGAACCAUCUGAGAGGGAGAAAUCAUGAUGCAAUUCUGGCAGCUUGCAUUUACAUUGCUUGUCGUCAAGAAGACAAGCCGCGGACUGUGAAGGAGAUUUGUUCAGUUUCAAAUAGAGCGACGAAGAAGGAAAUUGGUCGCGCGAAAGACUUCAUUGUCAAGCAACUGGAGCUAGAGAUGGGUCAAUCUGUGGAGAUGGGAACCAUUCAUGCAGGGGACUUUCUGAAACGGUUUUGUUCCAACCUUGGAAUGUCCAAUCAAGCUGUGAAAGCGGCUCAAGAAGCUGUGCUGAAAUCAGAAGAGCUUGAUAUAAGGCGAAGCCCUAUAUCGGUAGCAGCAGCAGUGAUUUUCAUGAUUACUCAGCUCUCAGAUGACAAGAAACCUCUCAAAGAUGUGUCGCUGGUUACAGGAGUGACAGAAGGGACACUCAAGUACUCCUACAAGGACAUAUAUCCUCAUGCUUCAAGGAUUAUACCGGGUUGGUACGCCAGCGAGGACGAGCUGAGGAGCCUCGUCAUGCCAUAAGAUAUAGCAGCAAAGGUUCUUGUUAGGUCUCAGAUGCUGUUUUCUUGUUCAUCACCAAUUUGGCAGCAUCAAAGAAAAGCUGUUACCUUUCACCAAUUUCAGUUAGCAUUUAGCUCAUCGUUAAAUCGAGUCGAGUAGUAGCCUGCAAACUCUUUCAACUUAGAUGCCCUCUAGAAGCUGAAAUAUGCAUAGCAGAGGUGUUUAGUUAGAGUGCAGUUGUAGCUACCAGCCAGGAAGUUAGGUUGAUGUGCUAUGGAAUUCUCUCUUUGGUAAAUUUGAAAGUUGUCAAUGUUUGGUUCAUGCUUUGAUAUGCUUUUCCUUCUUCAAUUUGGGAGUCCAAACCUAUCUACCAAAUUGCCACAUUCACCUCAGCAACAGAUUUUGUUGGAAUGAGGCCUCAAUCUAAGAAAAGCCCACCUAAGAUCUUUGGCCCUACACUUUGUGAAACAGUCAUUGUUGACCCAAUUGGCCCAAACUCUCCAGUCUCCAUACACUAACCUUUUCCUGUACCAAAGAGGACUUUUGAUAAGUAAUUAUGUUAAGAAGAUACCAAAUUGACAUGAUGACAACUAUCUCCCUUCCAAUUUACUCCUAAAUCUCAUAAUGAGAAAAUUAAAUACAAUAUGGGAGUGUCAAAUGGAGGGGCAACUCUCUCUUUGGUUUUAUCUUUGCUAGUCUUCACAAAAACUGAAAAAAGUUAUACAAGCUCAUAUUGUGAGAACUCUGAAAUUCUUCUUCUCGUACGCCAUAUACAGUUUGAUAAGAACAAUAUUGAACUUAGAAGCAACUAAAAUGAAAACCAAAGAUAACAAGAGAAUGAUGGUCACUAGUGACAAAAGGGUGGGGGAGUUAGUAUCCCUUUUGGUUGGAUUUGGUCCCCAACUCCAAAAUGGCCUCAUUAUAUAGAAACCCUACACAUAUGCCCCCCAAAAAAGACCAAAAUCCAUAGGCUAUUUGGGAGGGCAAUGUUACAACUUACAUCUCAUGUGUCCCUUUCUUCCCAACCCAAUAGCCUCAUUAUCCUGCUCUCACUGAAUCUAUGGCUAUAUGAGAGAGAGUGGGUUUUAAGGUGAGAAGACAAGGUGGGGAUGAAGGGCAAAGAACAAAGGCAUGAAAAGGACAAAACCUCUCCUUGUGUUCCUUUCUCUAGCUACUAUAUUAUUCUUUCAAUAUCUUGAUAUGUAUGUCCCUCUAUUAUUUUUCAAUUUAUUUCCUUGUUGUUUGGUUAUCUCCUUAAUACUCUCCCUUCUUCAUUAUAUCAUAUCCAUAGCAUAAACUACUAUAAAAUAUUAUACAGGCA